GCAUUGCGUUAACCAUUGCCCGUUGUACCGUCGGCGUCCGAGUGUUAUCACUCCGUUAGCGUACACACACACUAGGUCGUUUCGCUUCCGCGGCGCCAACACGGUAUAACGCGCAAAAUAUAUCGUCGUCCCUUCUCAGUCCGCCACUGUCCCGCGUCUCUUCCUGUCGGUGCGUCGUCGUUGUUGUUUGGUGUAUCCGGUCCCAACAACUCGACUACUCCGGACACCGCCGGCACCACCACCGUUGCGUAGUGUCUCCCCGUGAUCACCCGAUCCCCGACCGCGCACUUUACACGACAGUCGGCGAUUCCACGAUCACGCGCUUCACGGCGGGUCGGUGGCUCCUAGAUUGCGGCGUCUCAACGUGACAUUCGUGCACCGACCACGAUGAUCGUGACUUUCGACCGGUGCACCGGCGGCGGUGCGUCAUUUUCCGGACCCAUCGGAAUUCAGGAUGAUUUAAAUAUGAGCUAAUAUGGAUGAAUUUUGCACAGAAAAUAAUAGUUUAAUGAGACAAUUUAACAAACAAGUCGAAAAACCAUCAAAUAAAAGAAAUUUAUCUUCUGGUUUAGAAUUAGUAGAUGAAAAUCAUUCUAAUAUUGAUUUAAAAUCAAAUCUACCAACUAGAAAACAAAGACUUAAAGAAUAUUUAACUACAACUCACAUACCUGAUAAAAACAUUAAUUCAACUUAUAAAUUACACAAUUUUUCUACUGUUAAUUUGAUUAAUUUUGUUCCAAAAAUUGAUGAUUAUAACAAACCAGUAAAAGUUAAGUCACAAUGGACUCGUACAAGUCAAAUGGAGUUAGCAUUAGAAAAUUCUACAUCCCUUCAAACUAAUAAUACUGAACCUGUAAAUAAUUUAUCUAAGUAUGAAAAACUAAAUGAGGUAUUUACAAUGGCUGUUUCACCCACAAAUGGUGUUAUUAAUCAAAUUAAUGAAUUUCCUAAUACAAUUGACACUAGAAAAACCAAUAAAAAAAGUGGUCCUAAUAUAGAUUUUGAAAACAAUUGUCGUGUUGUUGUACAUAAAUUUGAUGAUAAUUCAUUACAAGUAAAAAGAAAAAGAGGUCGACCCAAAAAGACUAGUAAUAAUAUUAAAGAUAACACAUCAAUUAAUUCAAAUAUUGUUAAUCAACAACCAGUCAUAACUAAUUCAAUUGCUGAUAUAGAACCUAAAACUACUAAUGAACCAAAAGUUAUUAAGAGAGGUCGCGGCAGGCCAAAAAAAAAUGGAAUCACACCAACCACUAUUCAAAUGCCACCAAGUGUAUCAAAUUCUAUUGCAGCAAAAAAAAGAAAAACACGAAGUUCCACUACUGUAAAGAAGCAAAACAAAUUGAUAAGAAAAAGUGAUCAAUUUGAAAAUGAAGACCCAAACGAUUCAGAAUUGCCCAAAUUAGAUCUAAUACAACCAACAGAUAUGUAUACUAGUGAAGCAAUAAAUUCUAUAAAUAAUGAAAAGUCUUUAAGUUUAGAUACACCAGAAAUAAAUGAUAAUUCUUCAAGUUCAGAUGAAUCGGAAGUAAAUGAAAACACAUCAAUUCUAAUAUUUCCAGAUGAUGGUGUUGAAUUGAAGUGUAUAAGUUUAUCACGAAUCGAUAAACCAGAAAGCGCAUCAUUGAUUACUUUGGGAAGUUGUGAUAGAUCAUAUUUACAAGAAAAAACGGAAAGUAUGAUUUUAAAAAAUGUUAAUGGGUUAAAUACACAAGAAAAAACUACGUAUUGUGUAAAUUUUUUAGAAGGAUGUGAUGUUUCUAUGCACACUGAAAACACAAAAUGUACUAAUUUUUUAGAUGAAUGUGAUAAUUUAAAUGUACUAGAAAAUACUACAAGUGUUCAUUUUUUAGAAGGAUGUGAUAAUUUAAAUGUACAAGAAAACACUACUUGUGAUAAUUUUCUAGAAAGAUGUGAUACAAGAACAGAUAACAUUGAUGAAUUUUCAGUUAAAAGUAAACAAGAUGUGUUCUCUGAACUUAAAAAUGUUGAUUGGAAUACAGUACCUAAACGGGUUAGAUCGAACAGUGUAAGUGAAGGAAUUAAAAUACAAAGUCGGAGAAAUUCUCUUUCUUAUAAUUUUGUGUACAAUUCCUCAAAAAAAUCAAAAGUUGUUAAUGAAGAUAUCAUGUUACUGAGAUCUUGGAAAAGUCUUUCUUACUUAGAAGGUGGACCAAAUGUACAGGUUGAACGAAUCAUACAAGAUGAAUUGGUUAAAAAAUUUAGAUCAAAAUUGAAACGUAGCAGAAGUUUUCCAAACUGCUUGUUUUUAGAUACAGUUAUCUGGAGAUUUUUAGUUUAUCAACAAGAAUAUAAUUCAGAAGAAGGUUAUGAAAUGAUACCUGGUUUAGACUCAGAUUCGGAUACGGAUUCAGAAUCAGAUAUGAGUUUAAUAAAUGAAAUUCCAGCUGAUAGAUGUGACCAUCAUUACCGUUCCAAUAGUAUGCCAAAAGAGCAAUUUAAACCAAAAGAAAAAACUAGCCAUAUGUCUCGAAGUUUAGAAAAUUUAAAUAUUUUGGGUACUUCUAAUGAUCCACCAUUUUUCCAAAUGUCCUCAAAUUUAAGUAAUUUGAAAAACACUGAAAGUGAUCCAGAGGAAACUGAAGGCAAGAUAAGACGAUCUAAGCGAUUAAAUACCAAAAUGAAAAAUAGUGAUAUGUUGGAGGAAGAAUAUUUAUUAUCAUCUGAAAAUUCAAAAACUGACUCUUUAUUAUUGGCUGAUGAAAUUCGAAAAGAAAAUGAAAGGAAUUUAGCAGAAGCUAGAGCAAAUGAUUCAGAGUUGGAUAAAAAAUUAAAAAAAUUGAACUUCACUUUAAUAACUAAUAAUUUGUUCAGGCCUCAUAGGAAAAAAAUGAGUGAGUAUACACCAGCAGAAGCACAAGAGUUACGGAGACUAAAACCAAGAAGAAUUAUCAAUUCUGAUACUUAUAAAUGCCAUUGUAAAUAUACUAGAAAAGACUGGAUUGAAAAAAAACCUGGAUGUGCUACAGAAUGUUUAAAUCGUUUAUUGAAUAUUGAAUGUGGUAAAGCUUGUGUAUUAAAGUCACUUUGUACAAACAAGCAAUUUCAAAAUAAACAAUUCAAACGUACCAAAAUUGUCAAAACUGCAGAUAAAGGUUAUGGUGUUUUUGCACUUGAAGAUAUACCUAGUGGAACAUUUGUUGAUGAAUAUAUGGGAGAAGUUAUUGAUCAAAAUGAAAUGAUAAAGAGAAUGAAACUAAAAGUGUAUAUGUUUAACAAUUAUAUGGUGCAGUUGAAACAUGAUGAAAUAAUCGAUGCUACACGAAAAGGAAAUAUUACAAGAUUUAUAAACCACAGCUGUGAACCAAACUGUGUUGCAGAAAAAUGGAAUGUGUUAGGUGAAUCGCGAAUGGGUUUUUUUAGCAAACAAUUUAUACGAAAAGGAGAAGAAAUCACUUUUGACUACAGUUUUGAAAUAUUUGGAGAUGCUGCACAGCAAAAGUGUUAUUGUGGCACAUCAAAAUGUCGAGGAUUUAUAAGCAAAAAGUCAAGAACAGGUGAUCAAAGCAGUUCUGAUGAAAGCAGUUCCGAUGAAAGUGAUGAACAUGUAGAUGACACGUUAGUGGUUAAAUCAGAUACAUGUCUGGAAAAGAAAAAAAAACCAAUAAACAAAAUCACUAACAAAGAUAAAAAACGUUUACGACAGCUUGACAAACAGUUAACAGAUAUCAGUAAAUUAAAAAAUAAAAACCGUUCUGACAUGGAGAGUUCAACAUUAAAUUUAAAUAAGUUAAUGGUUCAUAUCACAGAUUCAAUGAGUAGAUCACAUAUUUUGAAAUUUAUUCGAGAUAAUGAUUUAAACUGUAAAAGGUUAUUCAUGAAUUUUAACGGGUUGAAUAUAAUACAUAGCUGGAUGACUUCAAAUAACAACGAAAACUUAAAAUUAGAAAUUGUUCAAACACUUUCAGAUCUUCCAAUUUCUAACAGAAAUACAAUAACUAAAUCAAAAGUUUUAGAUAUUGUUGCUCAAUGGGCCAAUAUUCCAUUAAAUAUAAAAGAAGCUAUUGAAAAUUUAAAUUAUCCGAUAUCACAAAUUAAGGAACACGAAGAUGAAGUUGAUAAAUUAUUACCAGAUGUAAACAAUACAUCAGCAUUAGUUCAAGCAGCCAGAGUAUUGUGGAAAAAAUGGAUAGUUCUCAAAAUUGUUUUUAAAAUACCAAAAUUAGAUCGUCCCAAAGAAGUGAACAUUGCUGAUGAUAUUAGCCAACCACCAAUACAUUUUUCGCAACCUAAGCCAAAUUCUGUUCCAUGUCAUAUUGGAAAGCCUACUGUAGAAUCUAGUCAACCUUCUAAAAUAAGUUGUAUACAAAGUCAGAGUACUGGACAUUGUCAGACCAAUUCCAUGGAUACAUUAAAUAAAAUAAUUAAUCAUCACAAUCAGAUAAACAAUCGAGACAGAAACAAAUCUGUUUUCGAAUGGAAUAAAAAACAGUGGGCUCUUCCUAUUAAAACAAAUAAGGAUUUAAGUUCUUCCGUGGUAAAUUAUUCAAGCAAUUCAAUUUUAAAUCCAAAACAAAGCUCAACAUCUACAUUUAAAUCAAGAAUUAUGCACAUUGAUAUUCCAACCAUUGAACACAGUACACCUACUAAAAAUAUGAAAUGGAGCGGCAUCGCUGAAACCAACUCAACAGUUUAUGAUAUUUCUACUGAUUCUUCUGAAAAAAUUAAUUCUAAAAAUACACAAAAUAAUAGACUUUUUGAAACUGAAUCAACUGUAUAUUACCCUAUUGAAGAAAUUAUUACCACAAAUCAAACAUGGAAUUUACCGCCUCCAACAAUUGCUGAUCUUUGUAAUGGAUCUACUCUGCAUUCUAUGCUAAAAACAGUACCUCCAUGUUUACCAAAUGACUUUAUUUCAAAUACGUCUAAUGCAACUAGUCUAUGUUUAUUUUCUAAUGAUACUAAUUGGUGUGUAAUGCAACCGGAAAAUGUGAUGUAUGAUGCUCAACAUCCAAGUAUUCAAGAACAAUUGUCUUUCUUACCAAUAGACAUAAUGGCUAACAAAUCAACUAAAACUCAAUUAAAUAUUAAUGUUGAAAAUACAGAUUUUGUUAAAAACUACAAAGUAGUACAGCCACUAGAUUAUGAUGCACGUAAAAAAUUAUUUAAACAAUGUGAAAAAAAUGUGCAACAACUAGUUGAAAAAAGAAUAUUGAAUAUGAGCAAAUCUGCUAAACUAAAUUACCUUGAUCAGUCCCCAAUCAAAAUACUUCAAUCAUUUUUCAAUAAAAAUCCCGUGAAAUCAACAAACAUGACACCAGAAAACAAUCAAAAUCAAUAUGUUUUGCCUAACUUAAUCAAACGUAUAAAAGUAAUUAGUAAUGGUUAUCGAAAACAACCAUCCAAAAUAAUUGAAAUAAAUAAUAAAGUAAAAUCAAAUUCUCAGAAAAGUAAAAAUGAUAUAUUUAGAAUUAAAGAAGACCAAAAGACUGAAAUAACCGAUACAACUUCAAUAGCUUUAAUAUUACAUAAUGAACAACUAAGUACUGUUCCUGAAGCACUUAAUUUAAAUAAAGUGUUUGGUAAGCAAUCGUUUAAAGCAAAUACAAAAAAUAGAUUAGCAUUAAAAAUUUUAAAUGGUUUAAUAAAACAUAAUUCAGCCAUGCCCAAAAAUUUUACUCUCCAAUUCCCAUUAGAUACCAAGAUAAUUACUUAUGACCCUUUAAAUGAAUUAGAUAUUCACUACAAAUUAAUUCCAUCAGUACAAAAUAUUUUGUGUGCUAAAUUAAAUAGGGGAGAUGGUAAAAAUACCAUAAAUGUAUUCAAACAAAAAAUAGUUAUGAAAUAUGAUGAAAAAAAGAUUCUAGAACCUUUUAGUUUAGGAUCAUUACUAAAAGAAAAUAUUGUUUUAUCAUCUAACAGUGUAGGAAUAACCCAAGUUAAAAAACAAUUAAAAAGAAAAAUGCCUUUACCACCUAUGCUUAAUGCAAAAAAUAGAAAAAUUGUUGAUUCAUCAUUAAAAAAUAAAUCCAAAAAUCAAGCUACAAUAAUAAAUAAAACUGAUGAUAAUACAGUUUUCAAAAUACCAAUGCUCCCUAUUACUAAUAAAAGCAACUCUAAAGUAACUGCUGUUACCGUCCAAAUGCAAGAACAUAAAACAGUAAGUACUGCACAACUCAAUUCAAAAGUAAAUGAUUUUAGAUCGGUACCUAGUACAUCAAGUCAUACAAUAUCAGAUAUUAAUCUAUUAAAAGUAAAUACAAAUGAAUUAAAUGAAGAACCUAAUAUAUCUGAUCCAUCAAUCAUAAAUAUUACGUCGUUAAAUACAAAUGCAAAUGAAAUUAGACAAAAACCUCUAAUGAAGUGUUCACCAUUCAACAAAGUAGACAACAUUUUAUUAACUGAGUUGGAGCAAAAUGCUAAAUUUUUAGCUUCAAGUAUAAGUAUGGAUUCCACUGAUGUUUUACCUUCAGUAGAAGCUAAUAGUGAGCUAAUUGACCCGAUUGUGAAGAAUUUCAAAAAUUCUAUUAGUCAAAACAAAUCUAUGGUACGAGGAACUCUUGUUGAUGAUCCUAUUGUAAGGGAUUAUAUACAACGUACUCAAUUUAAAACAAUUGAAACAAAACGUAAAUUUAAACUGCCAGAAAGUAUGAUGUCUUUACCUGAUGAGGUUCUUGACCUUGUACCAGAUAAUCAAAGAGAAAUCAAGUAUGUUAUUGACUUUUAUCAUGCUAUGGCUACAGUUAUUGUCAAAGUACUAGACUUGUAUGUGAAAAAGAGUUGCAAACAAGGGCGUAUAAAAAAUGAUGAUGAUUUCAAAUAUUUAGCUAAAAAGCUCAAUUCAAAUAUUUUAUUCAAAGAACUUCAAGUUAAGAAGGUAGAAGAUUUAAGGAUUAGUGAAAGCGUUAAACAGAAAGUUGAACAGUAUAUUAAAAAAUAUAUGUUGAAGUAUGGAAAAUUGUACAGAAGAAAAAGUACUGAUCAAUGAUCCUGUCAAACAUUUGCAACCAAAUACAAGUUCAUUAUGGAUACUAUUUAUUAAAAUAGUAAUAUUCCAUUUAUUUUUUACAAAUUUUACUUUUAAACUUUCCAAGUCAAUUUUACACUGCCAUUUAUGAAUAAUCAAGAGAAAUAAAUUAUGUUGGCAAAAUUUCAGACUCUGCUAAGACAAAAAUAUGUUAAUUAUAUAUUUAUAUGUUUAAAACUUAAUUGAUACCAUUCAUGUUUAUAAUGUUAUCAAUACAAAAAUUGAUAUUCACGUGUGAAAACUCAAGUAGGCUAUUUUUAAUUUAUUAAGUAUUACUAUUUUUGUAAAUACAUUUUAAUUGAGUACCUUUUAUUAUAUUUACA